AUGGAACUGGAGCCAACCCUUAGCGCUCUCCUCAAGGCUAUCUCAGCCCUCUCCAACCAAGUUGGGUCCCUCCAGGACCAAGGAAACCAACAACCUUGUUGGCAACAAGGAUCAGGGCAGAGCCCAAACCCAGCCUGGCCCAUUGACUGGGCCUGUCACCCCCCCUACCCACACAGGGGGGAAACCCACACUCCAGGCACGGUUAGGCCUGGACUCAAAGCUCCUUUCCGCCCCUCUCAAGGAACAGGGUUUGACUCCAAGGAAGAGGAAGAACCAAGGAGGGCUCCCAAAAAGGAGCCUCAGGGAAUGCCUAAACGGUCCCUGAGCUCCCUCACCCCAUUCAAUUCAGGGUCUUCCGUAAAAAGACCAAAGAUGGAGCUACCCAAUCCAUAUAAGGGGGAUACUCAAGGACGCAAGGCCACUCAAUGGCUGGAUCAAAUGCUCCUAUGGGUUGCCCUCCACAGGGACCAGUUUGAUGAGGAGGAACAGAUGGUUGUGUGGAUUCUUUACCACAUGACUGACAAGGCAGCCAACUGGGCCCUCCCAAUCAUAGGGACCAUCAUCAAGGGUGAAGGGAACCCACCAACCACUAUCCCGGCCUUAACAGCCAAAUUCAAGGAGGCGUUUGCCGACCCUGACACCAAACAAGCCGCGGCUAGGAAAAUUGCUGCACUCUCCCAGACCACAACCACCUCCAAGUACGUAACAGAAUUCUGCAACCUCAUGGCGGAAUUAGACUGGAAUGAGGAGGCCUACAUUGCGCAAUUCACGCAAGGCCUCCACUGGAAGGUCAAGGAAUUGUUGUCCACCAAAGACAAUAUUCCCAAUGAACUCAAGGCAAUUUUUGCGGCCUCCAUUAAAAUAGACAACACUUGCCGCAAAAACAAGGAGAACUGCCCUAAAAAGGCACCCGCCAAGUCCCCGGCCAGUGUGGCCACUACCUCCACCACUACCACUCAACGGGUCCGUCUAUUGGAGGACCCCAACUACCUCACGCCGGAAGAAAGGGACCGCCGCCGCACAUCAGGGCUGUGCGUUAAAUGUGGACAAAAGGGUCAUGGCAUCAAGCAGUGCCCCAACGGUUGGAAGGCCACCAUUAAAGAAGAUGCCAAGGUGGCGGAGGAUGGCUUGGGAAAAGAUUGA